UCUAAGCUGAGGGUGCAAGCCUCUGGCUGUAGCGUGUAUAUGUUCUAGCACAGUAGACUAUAUUUAUUUCUGUUAGUGGAUCUCCCUCACCAGUUAGAAGGCAAUGGACUUCUCUUGGAAUUACAGGUUUGGGAUUAUCAUACUGGGAGACUCGUUUGUGGGGAAGUCGUCUCUGCUGCAGCGCUACACUGAAGGCAUGUUCGACAAGUCCAGGCAGUCUCCAUUGGGGAUUGAUUUUAAAGUAAAGCAUCUGGAAUUUGAACCUGGAAUCUUAAUUAAGCUUCUGCUUUGGGACACAGCCGGGCAGGAGAGAUUCAAGUCCAUCUCCAGAUCCUACAUGAGGAACUCGGUGGGCUGUCUCCUGGUGUUUGACCUCACCAAGAGGCAAACGUUUGAACGCCUCAGAGACUGGUACAUUGAGGUGACCGAUUAUGUGAAGCCGUCAAAGAUGGUCUUUAUACUGAUUGGACACAAAUGUGACUUGGAAGAGGAGAAGCAGGUGUCCAAAGAGGAAGCAGAGGGGCUAGCAAAAGAGCUGGGUAUAACACACUACGUGGAGGCCUCGGCCAAAGAUGACCUGAAUGUGGACUUUGCAUUCGAGAGCCUGACCAUGGAGAUCUAUGAGCUUUAUCAUGCAGGUCGCAUUCCAAUAAGCGAAGGCUGGUAUGGACUGUCAGUUGGGGUUCCUGUGGAUCUACAAAACCCUGAUGAGCCAAAGACUGAAAAACACAGAUGCUGUUGAAAACACCACUUAUAAAAUGUGUGACAACAUACAUUCUUUGGAUAUGUUUUGGCACACAAAACAAACAUAAAAAAAAAAAAAAAGAUUUAAAUAAUUUAAUUUAAAUAAUUACCAGGUUUUUUUUUGUUGUUUUCUCCCCAGAGGAAUGACUCAUAAAUGCAGCAAUAGAUUUAAACAUUCCUGCAACAGCUCAACAAUAUACUGUAUUUCUUUGUCUGUGUUUCUUUGUUUUGUGUGUAUUUUUAUUAUUUUUAAAAUCACUUACAGUAGCAAGCAUCCCAAGAAGUUGUAUGACAACAGUUAAUAUUUACAAACUAAGGUUUAUAGAGAUUAAGUUGCCCCUAACAGUGCCAUGUUAAUUUUGAUACUUCAUUGUAUCACAGAAAGCAACAUGCAAAUAACGUGUUGAAAAGUUUUACAGUAUUUAAUAGUAAUUAUGUUAGAAUUUUUUUUUUUUUUUUUUUUGGUAUGUUUGUUUUUUUCUUGCAUUGCAAGUGCAUUGAAUCUCUAUAAGUGAAUAUUUUUGUAAAAAUAAAUAAACAGU